AUGGUGAAGGAAAUCGCGGAACCCGUGUACUCUAACAUCUACGACCACGAGAGCGGCCGCACGGCUGUGUUUGAGUUCGAGGCGCCCGAAAAAACGGAAGAGGUGCACCGUGCGCUCAACGAGAAAGAGAUCAGCGGCGCGAAGGUUACCGUUGAGGUUUUCGAAUCGAGAAGCCGCCAGAGUCGUCGCUCUCAGAAAAAAGGCCAUCGUGGCGGCAGGCGUGGGCCACGCGCCCCCAAGAGGGAGAAGCCAGCCCAACCCACAGCAGACCAGCUAGACCAGGAGCUGGAGAAUUACAUGAAUAGUUAG